AUGCCCGGAAAAGCAGAAAAAUUGCUUGUUGGUAAUAAAGAUAGUAUUUACUAUAAUUCAGGUCGAUAUGUGAGCUGCAUUAUCCCCAGAGCUGUGCGAAUACAAUUGCAACAACGCUACAACAAUUCUCGUUCGCUCAGAAAAUUUGAUUACGUGAAUAUACAAUUCCUACGAGGAUGCGGUGUUUUCUGCUUAAGGAUUGAACAUACAGAUGAUCGUCAUGUUAAGCCUGGAUACGACCGUGAACCUGAAGUUGAUCCUUCGCAGGAUUAUCAACUUCUUCUAGGUUACGAGAAUGCGACUCACACGGUCUUAAGAUUUAAGAGACGUCUAGACACUUGCGACAUUAGUCAUGACAUGCCGAUCACGAAUGACACAAUGCGUGUGAUGUGGGCUUUCCAUGCCUCCGAGCCGGUCUCGGGUGCAGUGGCACCAGGCUCCUUGCCUUAUGGAGCAUCGGUUGUCCGAGGGACCAGAUCUCUAUUUCUGGGCCAAAGAGUAAAUCAAAGCAAACCACCACCAGAGACGAAUUCUAGGGUUUGGGAACUCAGGAACCCAGAAGUAGAGCUUCCACAAGGCGAAGACACUUUGUACUGGUGUCGAGUCUUUAAGCUUCCAGAAAGUAUUAAUAAGAAGAGCCACAUGAUUCGGUUCCAAAUGUCUCAUGCUAAUUUCUGUCAAAUCACACGUAAAAGAUCUGGUAAGCUGCAGGACAACAAAUACAGUGAUCAUUAG